AUGAGAACCUUCGCUAUCCUCGCCUUCUUCAUGGCCAUGUUCGCCAUGCUCUGCGGCUCCGUGUCCGCCGAGACUGCUCUUGAGCGCCGCGCUGCCAAGCCCGUCGUCGGUGCUGCCUUUGAGGCCACCCUUGACUUGCUCGUCAAGGAGCACUCUACCAUUGUCCUCAAGGCCUAUGCUGACACCUGCACUGAUACCAACAUUCACGCUGCCGUCUCAUCCAACCUCCGCGUCCAGGUCACUGGCCUCGUCAACAUCGAUUUCGGUCUUGGAUCAAAGCUCUCUGCUGCCCUCCAGACCUCAAUCAAGGCCUCCGUCAAGGCCGAGGUCGACGCUACCAUCAAGGCCCAGUUCACUGCCAACCUCCGUGCCAACCUCGCUGCUGCCAUCACCAAGCGCUGCCCCGCCCAUGAUGCCGCUUGCAUCAAGCUCCAGGCCAAGAACAUUGUCAAGGAUGCCGUCAAGAUCACCACCAAGGCAUCCGUUAAGAUCUCUGAUAAGCUCGCUGCUAAGUUGAACAUCAAGAUCAAGUCCGCUGUUGAAGCCCAGAUCAAGAAGUUCUCGGUCAACUUGUUCUUGGUCAAGAUUAGCGUUUCUGGCGAUGUCAAGGUCUCCGAGUCGAUUAUUGUCCACUUCAAGGCCGCUAUUGACCUUUGCGCCCAGGCCUGUAUCGAUAUCUCUGCCAAGGAGGUCUCCAAGAUCAAGACCAUCUGCUCCGCUUAA